AUGCAAUCUGUCUUGAAUGAGACAACAAUAAACGAGUACUACGAAUGGGCAUGGAUGACAGCAAAUGCCACCAACCUGGGAGAGACAAUUGGGCCGAUUUAUGAAAAGGCGAUAAAUCAUUGUCUCGAUGGAAACGAGCUUGAAGCCAGACAGGAUCUCCUUUAUGAGAAGGUUGUUUUGCCUCUUCAAGAGCUCUACUGUGCAUACAAAGAUGACUGGGAUAUACAGGAGAAUCCCAUACAGGAUCCAACUGCUCAAGAAACCCAGCAACCAAAACAAGUCUCUUUCAGGCUGACCGGUCGCCCACAGUUCUCCAUUGCCAUUUUCUGCGCGCUUCCAUUAGAGGCAACAGCGGUCAAUGACAUUUUUGACGAUGUAUGGAACGAGGAAAGAGAAAACUCGUGGAGGUCAGCAGGAGACGAAAAUACCUAUACUUUUGGCAGGAUUGUAUGUUAUAAUGUGGUUCUGGUUCAUAUGGGCGACAUGGGUAAAAAUGCGGCGUCUCAAGCAACUGCGGGUAUCAAGGCCAGCUAUCCAGAAAUCAAGCUCGCCCUGAUCGUUGGUAUAUGUGGAGGAGUCCCGACCUAUUCUACAGCGGAUAAGGAUGAAAUGAUACUCGGCGAUAUUGUGAUUAGUGAUGGGAUUGUGCGAUACGACUUCGGAAAGCAGUUUCCCGAUACUUAUAUGAGCAGAGCAGCGCCAGAAGUUGUUGCCCUGCCUAACCAUCGGGUUCGGGGUAUUCUGGCCAAACUGAAGGGAGAGCGAGUGAAAGAACGUAUGGAGAGAAGAAUCUCUCAGCAUGUCCAAGCCUUACAAGAUGAGCUCGGUACUAGAGGAUCUGUCUACGUUGGGACCGAUAGAGACGAGCUGUUUCAUCCCUCAUAUCCUCACAAGCAUCAAGACCCAGAUGUGUGUGCAGUAUGUAACAUCAAGGGCUCAGAGCGAGUGUGCGAAAAAGCACGGACGAUGAGCUGCGACGAACUCGGAUGUGAGAAGAGCUCACUUACGCCGCGAAAACGAUUGUAUGAGGCAUCAAUGGGAGGUUGUACACCAAAGCCUAAGAUCCACUUUGGGCAUGUUGGGUCAGGAGACACAGUCAUGAAAUCUGGCCAACACCGCGAUAAGACAGCGUCACCAUGGAAGCUUGUUGCUUUCGAGAUGGAGGCAUCUGGUGUGUGGGAUAUGCUGCCGUGCCUUGUCAUCAAAGGCGUGUGCGAUUACUCGGACAGUCAUAAGAACAAAUCUUGGCAGGAAUAUGCUGCUACCACAGCUGCUGCUUGCGUGAGGGCUGUUUUAGAGGAAUAUGUAAUAGCACAAUGA